AUGGACUUCGACUUCACGGCUUAUCUGGCCAAGCUUGAUCCUACUUAUGAAUAUCAGAUCGCCAAGCUCGCUGGGGGCGUUGUGAACGUCACCGUACGGGCGACUAAAGUGGGCUUUGCCUCAGCAUCUGUUAAGCUGCCAAUACUGGAGCGGCAUGAACAUGUGAAAAUGGGUGACGGCGACUUCGAACCUGGUCACGGCCCAUUCGCGCAACACAAAACGCUCAUUCUCAAGCAUGCGCCUCCUUUCAUUGCUGGUGUUGGUACUGGUGCUCCUAUGUCUGAAGAACGCCAGAUGAUAGAAGCUGCCGCCCUUCGUUUAUUCCUCCCAGGCUCUUCGCACAGGAAAGGAUUACCAUCAACGUUGGACGAGUGCGAUCCAGCACCUCUCCACCGGAUAUUAGUGGAGUCAGGAGUCGUGGUCCCAACACUCCUUCAUUACGACAAUGGUAAUCACAUUCUUGUUUUAUCGGACCUCGGACGUCUUUCAGACAUGUCGCAGAUCUUCAUCCACCUGGGAGGAAUCACGCCCGGGACCUCAAGCGCAGUAUUAAAGGCACCCACAUGUGUCCAUAGGUUAGAUUGUCCGCUGGAGGCUUUGGAGAUCCAGAAUUAUCGAGACACUGGUGAGAAACUUGGUGGCUUCUUUGCACGCUUGCAUGACCCUGGCACCCGCCGCUCGAUUACGGAAACAGGACUUCCUUCUUCACCAGACGGCGGUCGGGAAGACCCGGUGGCCGCACAUGCUUUCCCCUCGCUGCCAGAACUCCAAGGUUUCGUUCACAGCCAUGCAAUCAAGCCACUCCUGUCGCAGCUCCUCAAGUUCCCCUCGCUACUCGAUGAAGCAGAGGCAGCGGUGCUUUUCGCUGCAGUAGAAGCAGACUUUCUCCGGACCUGUCCUCCAGAGGAGCAAUGUUUCGUCCUGGGCGACUGCUGGACCGGAGCAGUGUUGCUUGACUUCAGCCCUGGCAUCGGCCCUGUGGGCGUAGGUGUUAUCGAUUGGGAGUUCUCGAACACAACAGGCCGAGGGGUCAAUGGGGACGUCAGCCAAUUUCUUGCUCACCUGGAAUGUCUGCGAGUCGCUGCGAUGACGCGCAAAGUCCAAGUCGUGGAAGGUCACGUGGCCGCCCUGAACGCCAUCAUGGAAGGAUUUGUGCAGAAAUACAGGACGCUCCAAACGAAGAGGUUUGAUGACACUAUCAUGCGAUCGGCGUACCUCUCACAUGGCGCAGAAAUCAUCAAUUGCGCUUUCUGGAAAAUGUGGGUCUGUGAGGAUCUCGAAUGCACAGCCUGUACUCGGGGAACUGGCUCUCACCCCGAGCCGGAGACCCAAUGCAGCCUUGUGACAAAAUUGGUAGAUCGCGGCCUCUCUUUCUUGAGGGCAGCUGUUUCUGAAGACCCAUAUGCGGUGACAGGCUACCUGAAGCAGGGCAUCUCGACCUCGGAACCAGAUGAUGCGCAAGUGGCAGGCUUGUACGACUUUUCGAGAGGCCUUAGUUAG